GGAAACAAAUCUCCUCAUCGGAUUUGAGCUCUCCCGCCAAUUUCAAAUCCUCCAAAACCCUUUUCACUUCCCUCCAUCAAACCCAAACCUCUUCAAAUCUCUCUCUCUCUCUCUCUCUCUCUCUCUCUCUCUCUCUCUCUCCACCCUAAACCCAGUAAAUGGAUCCCCAAUUCCAUGGCCUACCUCCUCUCAAAAGAUUCAGACUCAUUCAGCAGCAACCCAACCACCACCACGAAGACGACGUCGUUCUGCCCAUUCUUCCCGCCAAGAAGCGAAAGGAGACCAGAGGCCACCCCAUUCUCCCUGACCCAACUCCCGCCGUCAACUCCUACUCCUUGCCGGCCAAGAAGAGAGUUUGGGCGCUUCCGCCGGAUCUAGAACCCCCCGAGAAGAAGCCGGCUCCGGAGCUGGACUUGAAUCUUGAGUACACGCCGGAGAAAGUUGAGGCAUGCACUGAAGGUGUUUGUGAAAAUGCCGCAGUGGAAAACCCGGUGGAUUCGGGCGGCGACGCGGAGUGUGAGGUGGAGGAUGGGGUUUGUUGUGAUGUCUGUAAGAGCACAGAUGGAGAGCCGUCGGAUCCGAUCGUGUUCUGUGAUGGCUGUGAUCUGAUGGUUCAUGCUACUUGUUACGGUAAUCCCCUCGUGAAGGGUAUUCCGGAGGGGGAUUGGUUCUGCUUGCAAUGCUCUGGUUCGCCUGAGGGUUUGCGGGGUGUUGAGUCUUUCGGGUGCUGCCUCUGUCCUGGCAAAGGCGGGGCAAUGAAGCCGACUGGAGAUGGCAAGUGGGCGCAUAUUGUUUGCGCGCUUUAUGUUCCUGAGGUGUUCUUUAAGGACCCGGAAGGGCGGGAGGGGAUUGACUGCUCCAAGGUUCCCAAGAGGAGGUGGAAAGAGAGGUGUUAUGUUUGCAAGAGUGCGAGUGGCUGUGCUAUUCAGUGCUCGGAGAUUAAAUGCCCUUUGGCGUUUCAUGUGACUUGUGGGUUGAAUGAGGAUCUUUGUAUAGAGUACAGGGAGGGAAGGAAGGGUGAUAUUGUAGCUGGGUUCUGCGGGACCCACACUGAUCUAUGGGAAAAGCAACAAGAAACUGGGAAGUUCAAGAUUGUGGCUAGAAAAGACUAAGGCGCGUAAGAAUCAUUAUAUGGUGAUGGAUAAACUAUUUAUCUUUGUGGAUGGUAUGCAUGGAUAAAUUAUUGAUGUUUGAUGAUUAUUGUUUUGUUUUAGUUCUUAGAUAUCUGCAUUAGGGAAUUGCUUUGUUGCUAGUGUUUUGAUAUUUCUGGUUCCGACUUCAGCUUUCAGCUAACCUGAAUGACAGUUCACUUUCUGUAGUAAGGAUUUGUUCUUCCCAUUAGUGGGAUUCAUAUAUUGGUUCUAUUUUCCCUGCAUGUAAUUCUAUUAUUGGAUCAUAAUGAAGCAGUAUCUAUGCAUGAAACCAUCAGUGUUGGACCUGUUGGAUCACUUGGAU